GACUCAACAGACGUCAAAUACCGGUCUGUUAUCCCGCCAAUGGAUUUCAUCAGUCCCGCCUGUGUCACGAAACAUCCAUGUACCUGUUUGUGAUAAGCAAUCAGCAAACCUCCGAAGCGUUCAUUGUCCUUCUACAACCGAACACGGUAUUUCUCAUAACAUCACGCGCAUGCUCAGCGAACAUCAGCAGCCAAUCAAAGACGUCAGCGAGACUGUCAGAGAGAAGUCAAAUGCUGCGCGGUACUUCCCAUAUAACGCGGCAUACACAGUGCCGUCUAAAAAAGCAACGCACCAGAUAAGCCGGUCCACAAUUGCUGUUGAAUCGGAAAUAGACCAAGCCACAGACCUUGAAGAGCGCGGAGAAACUCCGAAUACGACCGACUGCUCCAUGUCAUCGUUGGAGUCCUUGUCACCAAUUUCGUUUUCUUCCGCUUCCGACAUUGCAUCUCAAACCGGAAGUAGUUCCGAUGCUAGCCUAACAGAUGCCGAAGCUAUUACCAAUCCGGAAAGUACACCCGAUCAGAAGAAGAAGAAAAUGACAAGAACUAAUUACACUAAAAAGCAAUUGAAGAUGUUGAUGAAAAUCUUUCACGAGAAUCCGUAUCCUGAUUCGAAGGUGAUGGAAAACAUUGCAAAGGACUUCGGCGUCAAGGAAACCAACAUCAAGAUCUGGUUCCAGAACAAGCGAGCCCGAUGGCGCAGACGAGUGGAGAAUAUGAACAAUUCAAUGCAGUCCUACACGCCGUCGGCCACUAUGAUGUCACCAUAUGCGUCAUACGGAUCCCUUUAUAACCAACUGAUGUCACAGCAGGUACCUGGAUAUCAAAACUACCAAUGGAUGCAGAAUGGAGCGUUAAGUCCCAACAAUAACAACCAACUUUCGGCAGUCGCGACAAGAGUGUCAUUGUCGACAUCAAGUUUUAGCCCUUUUUCAUUAGCUCAAUCUUAUCCACAGAUGGUCAACACAACCAGCUAUCAACCGGCGAUCUCAUCCUAUCCACAGAAAAGCAUGACGUCACCACAGCUGAACGCAUGUAACCAGAACAAUUUGAUGUACAGUCCAACUAUGUUGCAUAGUGUUUAUUAAUUGCUUUAGUAUGU